GGGGCGUAGGGGUUGGACUUUGCAUUAUAAAUCCGGAGGACGCUGCCCUCUGCGUCUUGUUCAUUUCGACUCCAACCCACCGCUGUUCUUGGAGAGAAAUAAGGGCGAGAGAGCUAUAGAGGUUCACCAAUGACUCUGUAGUAGGGUUUGGUUCUGGAUUCGUUUUCUAGGGUUUCUGGUUUUCAUUUCCGGUAGCUGCGGAUUCAUUUCGAUAAGGUUCAGAAUGGGCGGCGAAAAGGCCAUGAGUCUCGAGGAGAUCAAAAAUGAGUCCGUGGAUUUGGAAAGGAUUCCUAUUGAGGAAGUGUUUGAGCAGUUGAAAUGUACGAGAGAAGGCCUAUCAUCGGAGGAAGGAGCAAACAGGCUCCAAAUUUUUGGACCCAACAAAUUGGAAGAGAAAAAGGAGAGCAAAUUCCUGAAGUUUUUGGGCUUUAUGUGGAAUCCUUUGUCAUGGGUCAUGGAAGCUGCUGCUCUGAUGGCCAUUGUCCUGGCGAAUGGCGAUAACAGGCCUCCAGAUUGGCAGGAUUUUGUAGGUAUCAUUGUUUUGCUGAUCAUUAACUCUACAAUCAGUUUUAUUGAAGAAAACAAUGCUGGCAAUGCGGCAGCAGCCCUCAUGGCAGGUCUUGCUCCCAAAACCAAGGUUCUUCGAGAUGGCCGGUGGAGCGAGCAGGAUGCAUCAAUUUUGGUUCCAGGAGACAUAAUCAGCAUUAAAUUGGGAGAUAUAAUCCCAGCUGAUGCCCGUCUUCUUGAGGGUGAUCCCCUUAAGAUUGAUCAAUCUGCUCUUACAGGAGAAUCCCUCCCUGUUACUAAGAAUCCUUCAGAUGAAGUAUUUUCUGGUUCAACCUGUAAACAAGGUGAGAUUGAAGCAGUUGUAAUUGCCACUGGUGUGCACACCUUCUUUGGUAAGGCUGCUCAUUUGGUGGACAGCACCAAUCAAGUUGGGCACUUCCAGAAGGUUCUCACUGCAAUUGGUAAUUUCUGUAUAUGCUCAAUAGCUAUUGGAAUGCUUGUUGAGAUUAUAGUUAUGUACCCAAUACAGCACCGCAAGUACAGGGAUGGAAUUGACAAUUUACUGGUUCUAUUAAUUGGAGGAAUUCCAAUUGCCAUGCCAACUGUUUUGUCUGUCACUAUGGCCAUUGGUUCCCACAGGCUAUCUGAGCAGGGUGCAAUAACAAAGAGAAUGACUGCCAUUGAGGAGAUGGCUGGAAUGGAUGUUCUCUGCAGUGACAAGACAGGCACGUUGACCCUCAACAAACUUAGUGUUGAUAGAAAUUUGAUUGAAGUGUUUGCUAAGGGCGUGGAGAAAGAGCAUGUUAUGCUUCUCGCAGCAAGGGCUUCAAGGACUGAAAACCAGGAUGCAAUUGAUGCUGCAAUUGUUGGGAUGCUUGCAGAUCCGAAAGAGGCACGUGCUGGCAUCCGUGAGAUCCAUUUCCUUCCAUUCAAUCCUGUGGACAAGAGGACUGCACUGACCUAUAUUGAUUCUGAUGGAAAUUGGCAUCGAGCAAGUAAAGGUGCUCCUGAGCAGAUAAUAGCCCUUUGCAACUGCAAGGAGGAUGUCAAAAGGAAGGUUCAUGCAGUGAUUGAUAAGUUUGCUGAACGCGGGCUCCGGUCUUUAGCUGUUGCCAGACAGGAAGUACCUGAGAAAAGCAAAGAAAGUCCUGGAGCACCAUGGCAGUUGGUUGGUUUGUUGCCUUUGUUUGAUCCUCCUAGGCAUGAUAGUGCAGAUACAAUUAGAAGAGCUUUAAACCUUGGUGUGAACGUUAAAAUGAUUACUGGGGAUCAGCUUGCUAUUGGUAAGGAGACUGGCCGGAGGCUUGGAAUGGGAACAAACAUGUACCCAUCUUCUUCAUUGCUUGGCCAAGACAAGGAUGCAUCUAUUGCUGCGCUUCCUGUGGAUGAAUUGAUUGAGAAGGCUGAUGGGUUUGCAGGGGUGUUUCCAGAACACAAAUAUGAAAUAGUGAAAAGGUUGCAAGAGAGGAAACAUAUCUGUGGAAUGACAGGAGAUGGUGUGAACGAUGCCCCUGCUUUAAAGAAGGCAGAUAUUGGAAUUGCUGUUGCUGAUGCUACUGACGCUGCUAGAAGUGCUUCUGACAUUGUUCUCACUGAACCUGGUCUGAGUGUCAUUAUAAGUGCUGUCCUUACCAGCAGGGCUAUUUUCCAAAGGAUGAAGAACUACACCAUAUAUGCAGUUUCAAUAACCAUUCGUAUUGUGUUUGGCUUCAUGUUUAUUGCGUUGAUAUGGAAAUUUGAUUUUGCCCCCUUCAUGGUGUUGAUUAUUGCCAUUCUAAAUGAUGGAACUAUCAUGACAAUCUCUAAGGACCGAGUUAAGCCUUCUCCAAUGCCAGACAGCUGGAAACUGAGAGAGAUUUUUGCUACUGGUGUUGUGCUUGGAGGUUACUUGGCACUAAUGACAGUUAUAUUUUUCUGGGCUAUGCAUAAAACUGAUUUCUUCUCGGACAAGUUUGGUGUAAGAUCAUUGAGGAAUAGCCCUCAUGAAGAGAUGGCAGCCUUGUACCUACAAGUGAGUAUUGUGAGCCAGGCAUUGAUUUUUGUAACCAGGUCUCGCAGUUGGUCCUUCGUUGAACGCCCUGGACUACUCUUAAUGAGCGCCUUCAUAGUUGCUCAGCUGGUUGCAACACUGAUAGCUGUCUAUGCCAACUGGGGUUUUGCGCGGAUCAAGGGUUGUGAUUGGGGUUGGGCGGGCGUUGUCUGGCUUUACAGUUUGGUAACGUAUGUCCCACUCGAUUUGCUUAAGUUUGCAAUCCGCUACGUGUUGAGUGGAAAGGCAUGGGAUAAUCUUUUGGAGAAUAAGACUGCUUUUACCACAAAGAAAGACUACGGAAAAGAAGAGAGGGAAGCACAAUGGGCUGCAGCACAGAGGACACUUCAUGGUCUUCAACCACCCGAGACUUCAAACCUUUUCUCCGACAAGAGUGGUUACAGAGAACUCUCUGAGAUUGCUGAGCAAGCCAAGCGUCGGGCUGAGGUUGCAAGGCUUCGCGAGCUGAAUACGCUGAAGGGGCAUGUUGAGUCUGUUGUGAAGCUGAAAGGAUUAGACAUCGACACAAUCCAACAGCAUUAUACAGUUUAAAAGACCAAGAAAGAGUCUUCGGAGGAAAACGGGAUAAAAAACAAAAACAAAAGAGGGGAAGUCUGGAUUGUUCUGCCCUGAGGAAAGCUGAAGAGAGGAUAAGGCAGAGCCUAAGUAAAACCCUUUUUUUUUUAAAUGUCAAGAUUAGAAAGAUGUUCCCUUUGCUUAAAAGUUCAAAUAGUUUUACUUUACUUUGUUAACUCUUCUAAAAUGCAGAGGACAAGUACAUUCUCUCUUUAGGAGCAAAGUCACAUGACCUAAAUGGCUUCUCUUCUCUUUCUCCUCAUUUUUUUUUUUUUUUUAAAUAUGCUGUGAACAUGUGUUUUGCCAUCUGCUAUUUGCUGGUGCCAUUGAGUGUAAAUUUACCAUUAUGAUUUCGAAUGGAAUGCGUGUAUGAUUAAUUCUGCUCCUUAAUAAAAACUCAAAUUUCAAUAUUUA